AUGAUCCGCGGUACGGCUGGGCUCGGGGAUACGCCUCCCGGAUUCGGCGGAGACCAGAUCUACCGCUUCCGGGGGGCGCCCGCCGCUGAGGAGCUGAGGCAGCACCUGAUCGAUGUGGCCCUCGCGCUGGGGCUCCCGGCGCCUGCGGAUGGGCUCCGCAUUCACCGUGUGGGAGGGGGCGCCAUUGUCCCCCGUGCACUGCCGCCGCCGCCUCAGGGGCCGCCCGACCCCAGGCCGCCAGGCCAGGGAGUCCAGGCGGCUGGUGCGGCGGCUCCGGCCCCACGUGCGGAUCUUGUCUGGGUCGCCGCCGAGGACGCCGAGGAUCUGACGAAGGGCACCGAGAUCGACAUCACCGCGGACACGGUGGCGGUGGGCGAUCGGGCGAUCAUGCCCUGGAAGGGGGGUUUCGUGAGCUUGCGACAGCUCACGCGCCCGGAGAUCUACCGCUUCACCUACGAUGACCUGCGCGUGUUGCCCGUGCAGUUCGACUCCAGCGGUGCUCGCCGCGUUGCCCUCAGAGAAGGGGUACAGCGGCAAGAUGACACUCUGCCCGCGGGCGGUCUGGACCUACAGGGUCCGCGGACUGCCGCCUGGUUCUGCCGCUACAUCGCCGAGAAUGGUCCGACGCCCCAGGCCGUUCACGAGGCUUGGCUGCGUAAGGCCAAGCUGCAUGAUGGCGAUCGGGCCAGUCACGAGCACUUCGUUUUGGCGCAGGUGCUGUCAGCCGCCGUGUGUCACGACCAGCUGAACGUGCCAGCCCUCAACAGCAUGGAGAUGGUUGUCAGGAGGCUGCAGCUUGUCAAGUCCGCCUACUCACAGUCCGCGUCCGCGCCCGACUUCUCGGGAGCUGAUCACUUCAUGGGGUGGGGGCCCGUCACUGCCUCCGCUUCGGUGGCGCCCAAGUUGGCGGCACACGUUGCCACCAAGUUCCGGGACGAGGCCGCCAUCCUCAAGAUUUUGAUCGGCAUGUGGAUGCUAGUCGCCAGCGUGACCUCUUUCCACUUCCUGCUGUCGAGGCCGACUUGCACGUCAUUGUACAAAGACCGCGAAGCCCUCAAGGCGCUUUGCGGAUCGGAGUUUUCCUAUGCUGGGGGGGAUUCCAGUCGCAGCGUGGAGCUGUAUGAUCGAGGCCAGGUAUCGAUGCCAGCUGCGGGGGCCUCGCCUCCUUUGCUGACCAACGUCAUCGAUCCUUCUGGCAGAGGCGUAGUCGACGGCUUCACCACCGCGAUGCUCCGCUCGCCCGUCGAGAUGGGGGCCAUCAUGGACCAGCAGGCAUUCAUCAAGCCCUACAUGGACUUAAGGCUCAAGAGGGACAGGUCGCUGCACUAUCAGUUCGUCCGCGACCUGUUCGAGUCCAACCUCGUGGAUUUUGGGAAGGAGGCUUUCGAGACCGUCAACCCGUUCUUCGUGCGCAAGAAGUCUGGUAAGCAGCGGCUGGCGCGGGACUGCCGCGUGGCCAACGUCCGCUGGCGCGGCCCGCCCAAGAUCCGCAUGGCCAGCGGUUCCGCUUUCGGCAGUUUGCAGAUCCCGCCGGGGCUGCAGGAGCAGGGCAUGUGGGGUGCUGGCUCCGACAUCGCGGACUGCUUCUUCUGGCUUGCCAUGCCGCCUGAUAUGCGGCCACACUUUGCCCUGCCUCCUGUGCCUGGCGCAUUGCUCCUAGAGUGGGGCGUGCCCGCUCGCCUCGGUGGAGACUUGCAUGGUCUCUUGGAAUUCAGGCGCAUGUACGACUUCGCUUCGAGGAUGGGGUCCGCUCCAGGACGUCUGUGCGGCGAGGCCGCUCGUGAGGCUCGUCCGGUGUCGUACCUCAUCCAGGUGACCAUGUCUGAUCUCCGUCUGGAGUGGUCUGAGAGGGUCAUCGCUACCGAUGCCUGCUUGUCUGGAUAUGCUGUCGCUGCUACUCGCUGGCCUCAGGGGGUCAUCAAGAGCUAUGGGGCCGUCCGGGAAAAGUGGAGAUAUCGGAGUACGCUGCCGUCUGCGACGGCACCUCGGGAUGCUGCCCUGCCUGCUUUUGCCGACCCGUUCACCGACAUCAAUACCUUAAAGACCAUGAUCGAGCCGAAAACCAUCUCGCCGUACGAACCGAGUCCCGAUUUCGCCGAGAUCAAUCCGAAGUAUCUUGAGAAGGGGGACUGGAAGCUUCAGUAUGCGUCGAGGAGGGCCCGGGCAGUCUCCCGCGCUUCGGUGGCGGGCGCCUCCGGGCCCAAGGCCUUGGCGGGUCAGGACACCCUCCUCGAGUCCAGCUCGGUCAGUGUGAAGACCUACAAGGACAACGGGCAGCGGCGCACCGCUUUCCAAGAGUGGGUCGCCACCAAGCAGCUGGCCGACAAGCUCGAGAAGGAGCCGGACCUCGUGCUCACCGACUACGUCAACCUCCUAUGGAAGAACGGGCACGACGUCUCAGAGGGGGCGAAGCUGCUGGCGGCCUUCAUGCACGCGCUCAAGGGCUGGGCCAGGCUGGAGCCUGGCAGGACUCGGCCCCCAGUGCCGCUGCACCUGCUGGCACUCCUGUGGCUCGAGGUGAUCAACAUGGGGAAUCCGCUCAUGGCGCUCGCGCUGGUCACGAUGUGGGUGGCCUACCUGCGGCCCGGGGAGGCGAUGGGGCUCAAGGAGAGCCUCGUGCUGGACUCAAUCGAUCUCCCAUGGCUGGGGGAUCUGCUUGCCGGGCUUCGACGGGGACAGUCGGACAGGCUGCUCUUCGGCUUCAAGCGUGCCCUCCUCGGUCCGGCGCUUGCCAAGGCGGCCAAGGCGGUCAGGCUGGAAAAGCUCAAGAUCACCCCCCACCACAUGAGGCACUCCGGCCCCAGCCACGACAUCCUGUUCAAGAGGAGGUCGCUCCCGACCGUCAAGGCAAGGGGCCGCUGGCUGUCGGGCCGCACAGUAAGGAGGUACGAGGCGCACGGGCGCCUGCUGCAGCAGCAGGCGCAGGUCUCGGACGACGCGAACAAGAAGGGCGCCCUGGCUUUAGACAGGUUGCAGGUCUUCUCCGGCUGCGGGCGGCUCACGCAGGCUCUCGCCAGCUCCGGCAUCCCUGCAGAGGCCUGGGACAUCGAGCAAGGCGAGGCGGCUGAUUUUCUGAAGCACGGCGCCCUUGAGAA